GGGCCACGUGUCGGAACAGUGCAAAACGGUGACCCUGCCUUGGAAAGGGGCGUGAGGACCGGAGCGGCGUGAGUCCCGGCUCGGAGCGGACAUGGCAGCUGUGAGGCCCAACCUGGGCCGAGUCCUCCCUGGGUCUUCUAUCCUCUUCCUGUGUGACAUGCAGGAGAAGUUCCGCCAUGUCGCCUACUUCCCCCAGAUAGUCUCUGUGGCCGCCCGCAUGCUCAAGGUGGCCAGGCUGCUGGAGGUACCCGCUGUGCUGACCGAGCAGUACCCGGAAGGCCUGGGUCCCACGGUGCCCGAGCUGGGGGCCGAAGGCCUGCGGCCACUGGCCAAAACUUGCUUCAGCAUGGUGCCUGCGGUGCAACAGGAGCUAGACACGCGGCCCCAGCUGCGCUCCGUGCUCCUCUGUGGCAUUGAGACCCAGGCCUGCAUCUUGAACACGACCUUGGACCUCCUGGACCGGGGGCUGCAGGUUCACGUGGUGGUGGAUGCCUGCUCCUCCCGCAGAUCCAGAAGAUCAUCAAGGAGCCCGCGCCAGACAGUGGGCUGCUGGGCCUCUUCCAAGGCCAGAACCCCCUCUUCCGCUGAACUCCUCACCGCGAAGACCACCCUCCUGUCAUCUGGACCUCGGUGGAAUCACUUUGCCCCCAUCCUUGGGAUCCCAACAGUGGUGCAGUCCACCGGGAGUGCCACCCCCUCGGGAGGGGAGGUGGAGAGCUACCUUGCCAUUGGGCCAGAGCUCCCGGAAAUGCAAAUGAGACUCGUGGAAGCUGGGCGGCAGUUGGCUGAGCAGAGCUGGGGGCGGGGCUCGGCCCUGGGCCACUUCAAGAGGCGGGAAGGGGAGGGGGAGGGAGUGUCACAGGCUGUGGGACCCGGACUUGCCGAAUAAACAUUGAUGUGGCUGU